UUGCCUAUCAGAGAACAAGACGGAAAACGACAGGGCUGUUCAAGGAUUGCACUGACUUGCUUGCGGUGUCCCGCGGAACAUCAAUGUUCCACACCUGGACGGGUGCUUGACAGGAUAAAGAGAAGUUACCAUGACGACAGAGACCCGUCCGGAGUCAGAGGUGGGCCUGCACGACUCGGCUUCGGAUGGCAAAAUGGCCAAACAGGACCAGGAUAGCAAACUUCUCGACGACCACCGGGACGAUGCCUCAGAGAGGACAACUCCUGGCAAAAUGGCAAAGUCCCCACAGAAAACUGGCAAGCGGUCCAAGACAGCUCCCUUCAAGGUGACUCUGUUGGACAGCUCUGAGUAUGAAGGCGCCAUUGAAAAGAACUCCCGUGGACAGGCUUUAGUGAACAUGAUGUGUGAGCACCUGAACCUGCUGGAGAAGGACUACUUCGGACUCAUCUUCAGUGACGCAGAUAGUCAAAAGAACUGGUUGGACCCUUCCAAAGAAAUCAAGAAACAGAUGCGCACCUCGCCCUGGCAGUUUUCCUUUGCGGUUAAAUUCUACCCGCCAGACCCUGCACAGCUCAUUGAGGACAUCACCAGAUAUUACCUGUGUCUGCAGCUGAGAGAUGACAUCCUCUCUGGUCGGCUGCCAUGCUCCUUUGUCACACACGCACUGCUGGGCUCCUACACGGUUCAGGCGGAGCUGGGCGACUUCGACCAUGACGAGCACAGCUCCGACUACGUCAGUGAAUUCCGCUUCGCCCCCAACCAGACGCGGGAGCUGGAGGAGAGGGUGAUGGAGCUGCAUCGAAACUACAGGGGGAUGACUCCUGCAGAGGCUGAGCUGAACUUCCUGGAGAACGCCAAGAAGCUGUCCAUGUAUGGAGUGGACCUCCACCACGCCAAGGACUCCGAGGGCAUUGACAUCAUGCUGGGCGUGUGUGCCAACGGACUGCUGAUAUACCGCGACCGGCUGCGCAUCAAUCGAUUCGCCUGGCCCAAGAUCCUCAAGAUCUCCUACAAGCGGAGCAACUUUUACAUUAAGAUUCGGCCCGGUGAGUAUGAGCAGUUUGAGAGCACCAUCGGCUUCAAGUUGCCCAAUCACAGGGCUGCCAAGAGGCUGUGGAAAGUUUGCAUCGAGCAUCACACCUUCUUCAGGUUAGUGUCUCCAGAGCCGCCGCCCAAAGGCUUCUUGGUGAUGGGCUCAAAGUUCCGAUACAGCGGGCGAACCCAGGCCCAGACGAGACAGGCCAGCGCCCUGAUUGACCGUCCCGCACCUCACUUUGAGCGCUCGACCAGCAAGAGGUACUUGCUGUCCCGCAGUCUGGAUGGAGAGUUCUCGCGGCCAGUGUCUGGCCUGAGUCACCAUCAGGAUGGCCUGUCGCAGCGCAGCACCAGCGAGCUGCCACGCUCACCUUCCGUGGACGAGCAGGACCACCGGGCAGACCUGAGCACUGACCAGGAGCUGGACACCGAGUACGAGCAGGACCAGGACCAAGACGCCGACCAACUGGACCAGGACCCUGACAGCGUGACCACGCCGACCAAGAAGAAGGAGAUUAAGGAGGAUGCUGGAGAAGCUCUUGAUGCUCAGCAGGAGUUUAUGGAUAAGUCGGAGGACUUUCUCCUGAAGCAUCAGGCCAGCAUCAAUGAGCUGAAGCGAGCUUUGAAGGAGCCCAACAGCAAACUGAUGACCCGGGAGAAGCGCCUGUCAGGGUCAUCCCCAGGAGGCACGCCUGAGAAGAAGGCUGAUGUGGGGGUUGUGUGGGCCAUGGAGGCCACUAGCGUCACACCUCCGGAGGGCUUCACGCAGAAGACCCUGGUGACUUCUCCUGAGGGUUCAGAGGAAUGGGUAUUGAUUGAAAAGCAGGAUGCUUGCCAACCAGAGAAUUACCACAAGGUGGAGAGCAAGGAUAAGCCUAAUAGACGUUCCCUUUCUGAAGUCUCCGAACCUGGCUUGGAGAAAAAGAAAGAGUCAGAAAAGGAGAUCACCAAAAUGAUACAUAUCGAGGUAACUGGGGAGGAUGGCGAGGAAAUGCAAGUCCAGAUGGACUCUUUCCCAUCUCCCAAGCUGCCACCAAGAGACGAGAGCAAAGACUCGAGCCUGAGGAACAACAACAACUGUAUCAUGGCCGAGUUAUCUGCCAAAAUCAAAGGCGAGACGAAGCAGGAGAACGAAGUCCCACCACUGGAGGCAGGCAACAGACCCAGAAAUGAGAAAUCCCCCGUCACGACUUAUGCAGCUGAACAUCAGUCACACAAAGUCCGCAAGGACAAGAGGCCUCGGAGUCUGAACUUGGGCAUGUCGACCGAGUUUGUGUACGAGAAAGAGACUGAUGGUCCAGGCGGCAAUGACGAGAGCGAAGUGUCUGACGAGGAGAAUGCAUCGGCGGGCGAGGAGGAUGAUCAGGCCGGACGAUAUGAGCGGCCUUUUAGGACAGAGACGAAGAAGGAGCCCUUGGCUAUGAAGAUGAACAUUACUAUGAAUGAUGAGGACACAUCGGUGACUGCUCGGGCUUCACAUGUUCGACAUAAAGACAAGGUGACAGAUGAAUGCAAGAGCAACAUUACUCAGGAAAGUCUCAUGUUUGAUAAACUGAAGAAAGAGGCUGAGAAUAUGACAAAAAUGAUGAGAGGGGAAGACGCAAGUCAUGCAGACACAGUCAAAGGAGCGUCGGAUGUUGGAGGACGAAUAGAGAUCGUCUCACGGAAGGAGGUCACAAAAAUGAUCAUGAUUGACAGCGAGGACACCGAGGACGCUGAUAGGCACAACGCAAACAAAGUGGCAAAUGACUGGACGGUGAAUGUCCCGCGGAGAGAGAGGCCCCGAUCGUACAUGUUUGAACAGACUCCGUCCGACAAAGCCCAGAAGAGGAAAUCGACAGGCUCCACUCAUGUUGAAAUCACACGGAUUGUUCCGCUGAAACCUGAAAGAUCCAGGAGCUCCACGACCCGAGACGAGCCAGACAACAUGUUCAAACUCGAAGAAGAGCGCAAGCGACUAAGUGGCAGCUAUAGAAGGGAAUUCAUUUCACUGAACGAAUCAGCAGAACAAUCCACUGACAUCAAUAGGAAUGACAUCUGGCCCACUGUGUCCAGUCCUGUGCUGACCAAUCCAUAUCAAGUAGGGUCACCCCAAUCCCCAACCAUGAUGGGACACAAUGUGUUUCAGGGCUGGGAGGAGCAGGUUCAACUAAAGGAGAGAACUUUCGGAGACGACUCUCAAUCCACAAUUGGAGGUGGCAGUUUGAAGGACGACCCAUCUCAGUUUGACCAAGGCGCUUCCGGAGCUCCACCCUUCAGCCCGAGGGCCGCAGGCUUCAACAAGAACGCUCCCCCCACUCCCCCGGUCAAAACGAAGAAGGCCCGGGAGUCGGGGCUGAUUCUCCGCAACAGCCGCAACCCCAGCAAGGAGCCAGGAGUGGACGGAGCAGCCGAGAGGAGACAUGCGGAGCCUCUGUCUACUACUGUGAUUAAUGAAGAACAACUAGCUGAGGCUAAGAGGGAACCCUGGGAUAGACGGCCAAUCUCAGCCACCGACCUCGAUGAACAGGAGCGCGAACGCGAGCCGGCCUUCAUGAAGGACACACACCUGGGCAUUGAGCGGAAGUGCUCCAGCAUGACGGUCAGCUCCACGUCCAGCCUGGAGGCAGAGGUGGACUUCACUGUCAUCACUGACCUCCACCUGGGCGCGGAGGAGUUCUCAAGGGGCAUGAGCGAGCUGGCUGAGAGGGGCGGAGGGGAGAGGCAGGCAGAGGGGAGCCGCGAUGACUUUGAGGAGGCGUCUCAUUUCUACUCCUCCCGGCUGAUGAGCCAGGACAAGCACCCCGUAGAACAGCGCCUCCUAGAGGAGAAAGGCCACCACGAGGUAGACGCUCCCCCGGUGGCCAGGAAAGACCCUAACGCUGUGAGCAUCGCCCACUCGCUGCGGAGGGCAGAGGUCAAGGUGGAGCCCCACUCCAAUGGUGCAGAAGUGCCCCCCACCAUCAUAGACAUCACAGAACAGCAAACACAAGGUGAAGUCAACUGCAUGGAGACAAAGUUCUCCAGCACUGACGACACUCAACCACAAGAGGGUGACAUGAGCCAGGAAGAGAGUGGAGAGAAGGAGGCUCCUCCACCUGGCAGGGAAAAUGGCUCUCCAGUAAAAGCAGGCUCUCUGGGGAGAGACUCAGCAGUGUCCCCACUCACUGUCACCGCGGAAAAUGUUACCUCAGCAACCACCCAAGUAACCAAGACAGUGAAAGGGGGAUACUCAGAGACCAGGAUCGAGAAAAGGAUAAUCAUCACGGGAGAUGACGAUGUUGACCAACAUCAGGCCCUCGCCAUGGCUAUCCAGGAAGCCAAGCAGCAGCAUCCCGAUAUGCUGGUGACAAAGGCGGUGGUUGUCAGGGAAACAGAAUCUUCAGAGGAGAAACACAGGACGCCAGAGUCCUGAUGACCAGACUCGGCUCCAGAGAUCAGGGAGAGGAUAUGAGCCCUUCAGGGUCCCCCCCGCCACCACCGCCGCACCCCUGCAUCCAAAGGGUUAGCUGAGUCCAAGUACAACCCGAUCCAACCCAACCCAACCCAACCCGCUCCUGCGUCCCUCAAUGCCCUCACCCCACUCCUCUCUCCUCCUCCUCAGCCUGGCGCAAUGCGCUGUGCCCACUGUCCCUCCAACCAGGAGCGAAAAGGACAGACUUGCAGACCAAUCCUGUUCCUGCAGCCCAGUACUCCAUCAAGCACUCAAUCCCAGUACUCCUCAAGCACUCCAUCCUGCAGCCUCCAUUAGCCACAUGAUGUAUCCAUAUUCCCUCAACAUUGAAAAUGUGUCUGAAAGUGUUAACAGUCCCUCAAUCAGUUUGCCCAUUGUUUGUAUAGAUUUGGAUAGAAUACUGCUUACUUUUGUUAAACUGUACUCGUAGGGGUGGGGUGGCUGGGGGUGGACUCCAAGGCAAUUUCAAGGUUCUUUGGAUUUUGACAGGUUCAUGUGCUCUACAUACAGUCUGUCUUCUCCGGGUGUUAUAAUUAUAUGUGUGCCAGUAUGCCAUUGUACACAGCUUUAGCUCUUGAUUGUCCCGUUGUGUCUAAGAGUCAGCAACCUGCUGCAGGUCCACACACACACACACACACACACACAUACACACACACACACACACACACAAAUGCAUCAUUCUUCGAACAGUUGGAGAAUACACCCCCCCCCCCAAAAAAAAAAAAGUUAGUUCUGAUGAGGGCUGAGCAUUAUUGUGUAUAUUAUAAAAUAAAUAAAAUAACUCCAGAAGGUUGUUACGGAGAUAAUCACUGUCAUGCUCUCCUGAGCUUCCUCCUGUCUAGUUUAAGGAGGUGUACAGUUGGCCCUCUCAGGAGGGUCUGUAGAUGGUUGGCUAGCCUGUAAAUGCCUGUGUGAACCAGUGAGACACUAUAUUCUACUGCGGUCUUUUUAGCUUUUUAAAGAUUUUUUCAAAACGAUAGACUAUCCAGUGGAAGUCACAAUAUUUGCUUGUAAAUGACAAACAUGACACAUGGCGUAUGUAUCGAUUAGUCUGUCACUCCCAUGUGCAUGAGUCAAAUUAAUGUUCACAUAAUCAAGGAGAGGGAGGGGGCGAAAUAAGAGGCAGUCUUGCCAUCUCUAAAGGUCCAUGACACAUGGUCCGUGAGGGCAAGACAUGCUGUAAAUAAACACUCCUCCAGAAUGGACAAUUUGUCAGAAAAAGAAAUAGUGCAUGUCACAGAGCUAAAAGGCAAACAGAAGAGUUUCAUUACAUCAAAGACAUGUCAAGAAGAUGAUGCAGGCAUUUCUAAUGUAUGUUGCUGUUGGACACCCCUUGGUGUGUUUGGCAUGUAGAGUCUCCACAAGUGUUUGGGGGAAGUUGUUCAGGAAGAUUCCAUACAUGUGGACACUGUAAUUGUUUCUAAAGAAAGGCUAAUGAAAGAAGAAAAGCAGAUAUCAAGAUCUCUCUAUAUACAAUAUCAUAUUGUUUACUCGGUUUGCAUUUAAUCCUUCAUGUUGCCAUUAGGUGAGCUGACAGAUAGACUGCUAUAGUGUAGGAAACUCACCGCAAACAAACACAUGGUCUGAUGAUAAAUGUUUUAUCUAAGAAUAAUACUAUUUAAAUAUGAGUUUUUUUAUUUUCUAUUUUGAAAAUUGAGUUGUUUUUAAGUUAUGGUGUAUGAAUUUGAUAUUGUAUUUAUAUAUGAAUGGUGAAUGUGAGGCAUCCUCUCUCCUGUUAGCAUAAAACUCUGUUAUUUUUCUCUUUCAAUGCGUGGCAAAGGCUUGGAUCCGUAGUGUGACCUGAGCACUUCAGCACUAUGAUCCGGCCACGGACAGCCAGGUGAAGAAGUCAGUCAGUGAAACAUUAGCUGACCGAGAGGCUUUGUGUGUUUAUCUCUGUCUGAUCAAAUCUAUAGACAUGUGAAAGGAAAUGAUUGGUCUCUAGCUGAGUGAAGCAUAAUCAAUGUGAAAAAGAUGGCGAAAAGACGAAAAAGAUUGAAAACAAUGACACUGGAAUAUACUGUAAUACCAUGUUAAACACGAGACAUUAUUUCCAGUGUAACAAAAGACUUUGAUCAGACAGUGAGAGAUGAAAGACAAGAGGGAAUGAUAUCCACAAUAUGCCUCAGAACAUGCCUUCCUUUGAAAUACUGUGAUUCAUACUGCUGAUAUUUGCAAUAACAAUCUCACAUUGCCAUCUUGUUAAAUAAGAACCAUAGUAAUGAUUUCAGUUUAAAAGAUGAAACUGUGAACAAAACAAAAGUGUUGGGGGGAAAUGCUUUGCUUGAAGUGCUCUAAAUUGGUUGAGGGUAAAGAAAUGUAUGCAUGCGUCAGUCUCUGUGACCUCAGCUCAGAAUCAGAAUUUUUUCUUUUUUUUCCCUUUUUUUUAAGUUUCAGCAAAGCCCAACGUGUGCUGUGUGAAAAAAACGGGACAGCUUCUUUGCUCUGCCUAAACUACUGUUCUGUCCUGUCUCUGUGAAGUAGCCUAUUAACUCUCAAUGCUUUUUGAGUUUGAUGUUAUAAAUGUUUGCCUAUUGAUUUGUUUUCCACUUGGUCCAAUGACACUGGAGUCCUCCAUUGCCUUUAUUUGAUUGAUUUGUGGGCAAUGGGUUUUACUUUUAGCUGUGACGCUGCCAGGAAUCUGUUUUGGAUGUCUAUGGCGUCACAUUAUUGGAUACUCUUUAAUUUCUAAAAAAUGAGAAAUGUUUACUUGCUAUUAACCUGGGGAAAGAGUUUUUCGUUUGUACCUUUGGUGGUGUGUUGAUGGGAGGAAAGACUACAAAAAUGUUUUUGCUUGAAUCUCUAUCCAGAUAUUUAUUGAGCUUAUAUUAUCUAAUAUAUUACUUUUUUAGUAAAAAUGUAUGAUGGCACAUGUCUUGCCAUGAAGAUUAUAUAAUUUCUUUGUGCCAUGAUAAACAGUACAGGCUCCAAUUAUAAGCACUGUUACUGCACAAUUGUGAGUGGGAUAGCAUUGUCAUAUCAAUAUUGGGUGCCUUACCGUUUCAAGAGUAACUGCCACUGGGAUGAAAUGCAAGAGAUAUUCAUUAUUAAAUCCUGAACUUAUUAGGACUGGUCCCUGAAGACACCUAAAUGUCACACAAUGGUAAGGCAAAGUGCCUUGAUUUCAGUGGGUCUGAGAAUGACCUUAGAUUCAGUCUUCAAGUGACACAUGGUGCUGGUGCAUUUGCUAAUAUUGAACAGAUUGUGAAGGAUUUUGCUUGGUGCAUGGCAUGAGGUAUUGAAACUCUUCAAUUCUUUAGUGCUCCUCCCUUCAAUUCACCCUGCCAAUCCACUGGCUCCACAGCGCCCUCUAGUGCUUGAUGGUGUGUUCUUGCUGUAUUUGCAUUCAAUCUAAAUGGAAUACAUGCAUACAUUAAUAAAUGUCUCAGUUAAAAUGG